AUGAUUUUACGUUGUCCUGGUACCCAACACUUGAGGACGGGAUUUUGUGGCUUUAAGAGCCGCUUGACUAUCCACAAAGAUAGUCACCGGUUCUACGAUCUCUGCAUUCAAGAUCGCGAAGAUUUCAGUUUGGAAAACACAACAGUUGUUAUCCACCGUAUGUUAACAAUAUUUUUACGCAAUGUCGCAAAUGUACGACAAAGGACUUCGAUACGAUUUGGCAAUCUGGAAGCUGGCAUUGGUGUUAUUUCACGAAAGUUGUCCAUUACCUCACAGCAAUGCUGCAACCAACUACCGCAUUUGUCACCCUACGAUGUUAAUUUAAUGUUAAGAGAAAAUGAAUUUGUUUACACUUUUACGGAUGACAAAAGUACGAUCUUGAGUUAUGAAUCGAAUCAGCUGGCCUCCAAUUCACCGUGUGAAGAUACCCGAACAGAAGCCAGUUUUAAUCAUAAAUCAGGUUUUAUUUGUGGUAUCUUUGACGGCCAUGCUGGUCCUGCCUGUUCACAAGUUAUUAGCAAACGUUUACUGCGUUAUAUUGCCGCCUCCCUGGUAGACCGAAAGGUAUUAAAGGAAGAAAUAGCAAAAGGUUGUAAUAGUCAAUCAUUUUUAAAAUGCCACAAUGAUAAGGUUGAUUUUGUAAAGGAAAUUAAGGAUAUUUAUGAAGAGAGCUUUGCAAAAUAUAUUAAUACAAUAUCCAGUCGAUCGGCCACCGAUCGAACUCAAGCCAUUGAAGAUGCUUUUAUGCUUUUGGAUAAAGAUAUGUCGGAUGAGGCUUUAAAUAAAACCAGUAUGAUGACAAUGGCUGUUGCCAUGUCAGGUGCCGUCUGUGCUGUUGCUCACAUUGAAGAUCUCGAUUUGCAUUUGGCCAGUACGGGAGAUUGUACUGCGGUCUUGGGAUCACUUUGCCCCGAAACUGGCCAAUGGACAACAAAGAAACUCAACAAUGAACACAACACCGAUAAUUUACAAGAAGUACAAAGAAUCUUAAGCGAACAUCCCAAAGAGGAGCAUGAAACGGCAAUUCGCAAUGAUCGUUUACUGGGACAAUUGGCACCAUUACGUGCUUUGGGUGAUUUUCGUUACAAGUGGUCAAAUGAAAUUAUGAACAAGUAUGUGGUGCCACUCUUUGGUGAUCAUUUUGUGCCACCCAAUUAUCACACGCCACCAUAUUUAACGGCGAGACCUGAUAUUCAUCAUCACCGAUUGUCGGUAAAUGACAAAUUUUUGGUAAUCGGCAGUGAUGGUUUGUGGGAUUUUCUAUCGCCCACGCAAGUUGUUAAACUCGUGGCAGAGCAUUUAAAUUCCAAGAGGAUAAUGGAACCAAUUAAAUUACCCGAAAACGAUGUAACGUUACAGGCCAUAUCGGAGAUGUUGGCUGAAAGAAAAGCUGGCCGCAAACGCAAACCUUUAGAUCAGAAUUCAGCAACGCAUUUAAUACGCCAUGCCUUGGGCGGCACGGAUUACGGUGUUGAACAUUCGAAAAUUUCAUAUUAUCUUUCUCUACCUCAGGAUGCUGUACGCUAUUAUCGUGAUGACAUCACCAUAACCGUUAUUUAUUUCAAUACAGAUCGUAUCAAGUCCUUAAGUUCAAAUUCAUAACUUCAAGUGUGCCUC